GUAAGUUUUUACACAGGCACUGCGUCGGCCCACUAAGUGCUCUGUACGCAGGCAUCAGUCUGGGCAGCAAAAUGAGGCCCUCUACCAAUCAGCGGGGCUGAAGUCUCGUGACGACAACACACAGGUGGUUCCGCCCUGCUCUGACAUGGGAACACCACAGAAGGAUGUUGUUAUCAAAUCAGAUGCCCCAAAAGCACUUCUUCUCGAGAAGCAUGCACAGUACAUUGAGUCGUAUGGAGCUAAAAAGGAUGAUUAUGAAUACUGUAUGUCGGAGUAUUUACGGAUGAGUGGCAUCUACUGGGGCCUGACUGUUAUGGACCUCAUGGGAGAGCUGCAGCGCAUGAACAAAGAAGAGAUACUAGCAUUUAUCAAAUCGUGCCAACAUGAUUGUGGUGGAUUUAGUGCUAGUAUUGGCCAUGAUCCCCAUCUGUUGUAUACCCUGAGUGCUGUGCAGAUCCUCACACUGUACGAUAGCCUCUCUGCAGUUGACAGCAAUAGAAUAGUCGAUUAUGUGCAAAGCCUACAAAAAGAGGAUGGAUCGUUUGCUGGAGACAAAUGGGGAGAAAUUGAUACACGAUUCUCUUUCUGUGCUGUUGCAACACUUGCUCUUUUGGGCAGGCUGGAUGCUGUAAAUAUAGAAAAAGCCAUAGAAUUUGUUUUAUCUUGUAUGAACUUUGACGGUGGUUUUGGUUGCAGGCCAGGCUCGGAAUCUCACGCAGGGCAGAUCUAUUGUUGCACAGGAUUCUUGGCCAUAACAGACCAGUUGCACCAAGUAAAUGCUGAUUUGCUCGGCUGGUGGCUUUGUGAGCGACAACUGCCAUCUGGUGGGCUCAAUGGGCGACCUGAAAAGCUACCAGAUGUAUGCUAUUCAUGGUGGGUGUUGGCUUCCUUAAAAAUUAUUGGAAGACUCAAUUGGAUUGAUAGAGAGAAACUUCGCUUAUUUGUUUUGGCUUGCCAAGAUGAAGAGACUGGAGGUUUUGCUGAUAGACCAGGAGACAUGGUGGAUCCAUUCCAUACACUGUUUGGUAUUGCUGGCUUAUCUCUGCUGGGAGAAGAAAGAAUCAAGCCUGUUAAUCCAGUGUUUUGUAUGCCGGAAGAAAUCCUUCAGAGGAUAAACAUUCAGCCGGAACUUGUGAGCUAGGAAAUUCUAGUUGGCCUGGAGAAAAUGAUUGGCCAUCGGAGCUGCUAACAUUAUUUUUUCUCCCCUUUAUUUAGGGUAAUGUCAUAGAAUGCAGAAGUGUGCACAUAUUUUGUCUCAGAAACUUUUCUCAGGAAAAAAAUGUAACACAGACAUGUGCCAUUGACUUAAAGGAGAAGGAAAGCUACCAAGGCAGUUUAUUGCCAAUAGAUUAGCCACAGCAGUACAAGCUAGAAUGCAAGUUUUAUUCUUUAGAAUGCUUUUCCAUACCUGAGUAAACAGCUCUAGAAGCUCUCUGUUUGUUUAGGAUAACAGCUGCCAUAUUAGCUUGUUGUGACAUCACUUCCUGCCCGAGUCUCUCCCUGCUCGCUCAUAACCCUGAGCUCAGAUUACAGCAGGAAGGGCGAGAGGAGCAAACUGAGCAUGCUCAAGCUCUAGCCCUGGAGGUUUAAGCUGAAGGCAGGAAGUCUGAUACAGAAGUUCAUGUGUACACAAUAUGGUGUUUAUUUUGACAGUGAUCAGCAUUACUGUGAGGGUUUACUAGUGUAUUUAUAUAGACCUUUCUGAUAAUGCUUAUUUAGUUUUAACCUUUCCUUCUCCUUUAAAGUAAUUGAUGGGAAAUGCUGGUAAGUGUGGCACACGAGAAAUCACUACUGAUUGUGUGUUCUGCAACAGCAGCCCAUGUGUCGUACUAAUGCAGCAAUUACCAUCCGUUAGAAAUGUGCAGAUCUUGAGAAAAGCAACAGAGACAAAAAGAGAAUGUCACAUGACAUUGCCUGGUGCAUUGUGGUCACUACUACAUGUUCUAGUGAUGAAAACCCUGCUGCUUACCACCAUUUCAUCUCAGCGGGAAGCAGGUUAUUCUUGACCUGUAAUUAACAUCAGGAAACAGAAGCCGGGACCUUGUGACAUUACCCCAAUAGAUUUUAGAGAGAUGAACUAUCUGUAAAUGUAUAGCUUAUUUAUUUCACCAAUAUGUUUUCAAAAAUUAGGUCACUCAUGUAAGAAAACGAACUUUCAAUAGAGCAGAAGAAAUAAAAAUACACGAGGAAAGAAUGGCUCAGGUUUAAAAUGUAAAGAAGCAAAAAACUGUUUAUGAUAUAAUGCUUAUCUGCAAAGAUGGCAGUUAGCAGAAUGCAUUAAAUAAAAUCUUUUACUUAA